AUAAAUAUAUUUUAUAAAUACUAUUGGUAAUGACAAUUGGACCAGAUUAUUUUAAUUAGAUGCAAUUAUUUAUUAUUAUUGUUUGUUGUUGUUUGUUUUGUCGUUUAUUAUUGUUGUUGUUUAUCGUUCUUUAUUGUUCUUGUUGUUUAUUGUUUUUUUUCCUUUGUUAUUGUUUGUUGUUGCUGUUUAUUGUUGUCGUUUAUUUGCUGCUGUUUGUCUUGUUGUUCGUUGUCGUUUGUUAUUGUCGUUGUUUAUUGUUCUUGUUGUUUAUUGUUUUUUUUCUUUUGUUUUGUUAUUGUUUGUUGUUGUUUGUUUAUUGUUGCUGUUUAUUGCUGUUGUUUACUGCUGUUGUUGUUUAUUGUUGUCGUUUGUUGUCGUUGUUUGUUGCUAUUCAUCUGUCUUAAAAUCAAAACGAAAUACAAAAUUACCAUUUACCAUUCUUCCCCUCCCCAUAGAAUA